AUGGGUUCUUGCAUUUCUUCAACUUCAUCAAUUGGAAGACAAUAUAGAUCCUCAAAAACCAAGUCACCUUAUUUCGAAAAAACCCCUACUAGAGCACCUUCUAAGAAGGGUAGUAUGAAAAGAACACUUUCAUCUUCAAGGAAGGCUCUCGAAUGUUACUUGACGACAAGAAGAGAGGAAACAACAAAUGAUACACUUCCGGAAACUCUAUCAAGAGCCUCUUCAAAUAUUUCUCCAAUUACACCAAGUAGUAAUUCUUCUCUUGUGGUAUCAAGAUUUAAUACAUUCAACAGCAAUGUUGGAGGAAGUGAAAUGUCUAGGAAGAGCUCAUCAAACACAAAACCUCUUGACAUUGAUACAAAAAGAGAGGAAACACUUAAAAAAAGGAGAAAAUCUACCCUUAAUAUUGCAGAUUCAUUCAUUACAUCAUCUUCACCUUUAAAUAAUAGCUCUGAUAAACCUCCAACAAUUUUCAUUGGAAAUAGUAAUUCCUUAUCGGACACUCCAAUGAUAAGGGUUGAGUCUGCAGAGAAUAAUCUAGAUGAACCAGAGAGUCCAGAGGAAGAAAACGAAGAUUGUUACAUCUUUGCAGAUUCUUUUUGGUUUAACAGAGAAAUUGAUCCUGCUGGUGAUUUGAGAGGUAGAGCAAAAUCAAUUGAUGAAACUCUACCAAAAAUCAUACCAGCAUUUACAUUGAAACAUCCUUAUAUGGAUGGAGAAGAGGAAUAUUAUGGAAUAGAAGAAGGAGCUUCUGAAAUGUCAAAAACAUUUUCAUUCAAUUCUUCAAAUAAUGAAACAUGCUACACUGCAGGUGCUAUUGGUGUUUUUGCAACAGAAGAUGAACUGAAAAGACACGAAAUGGAUGAGCUCAUUAAUUUAAGGACAACAAUAGCAAAUGAAGAGCUAGAGCAGCUUAAAUUGUACGAGUUUCCAACAUGGUAA